UCACGGCUAGGAUCUGAACUUGUUUUGAUAUUCGAUUUCGAUCAUUAAGUGAUUGUAAAUAUUAUAUUUUCUGUUUCUUGAUGUCGUUUUUAUAUUCAGACUCUAGCGAGAAUACGCCAGAAGAGCGAAGCGGGCAUAUUGCUGUUUAUUAUAAUGGACAUAUUUUAGUCUGGGGUGGUUAUCAUGACAUCGAAUGGUAUCAUGAUGAGGAUGAUAUUGUCAUGGUGGACCGAUAUCUUUCAAAUUAUCAGUUAUGGCUUUAUAAUCUAGAGACAAAGUCAUGGUGUGAAAAGUAUGGGGACCUAGAGGAUCUUAUUCCUCCCCCUUUGUCUGGGAGCUGUGCUAUUUGCAUUGGUAACAAGAUGUAUCUGUUUGGUGGACACACUCCAUCAUCUGGAACAAGUGCUGAGAUUUUUGUAUUGGACUUGAAAAGUUACAUCUGGCAAAGAAUUACAGAUGACUUGGAAGGAGAGAUUCAGCCAUCGCCACGAGACAAGUUUGGCUGCUGGCAACACAAUGAUUGUAUCGUGUACUUUGGUGGUUAUGGUGUGCCUCCUUCUCUGGCAUCAAGACCUCCGAACAAGGCUGGUGAAUUUAUCAUGAAUACUGUUGAUAGGUUACCUGAUAGACGAGGCUGGAAUAAUUAUGUGUUUAUGUUGGACACAGAACAAAUGAAAUGGAUCAUCCCAGAAAUAAAGGGUGACCCACCUUCUCCCAGGGCAGCUUUUGCCACAGCAAAGAUUGCUAGCAGAGCUUACUUGUUUGGAGGGCGCUUUAUGGACACACGACUGAAUGAUCUUCACUACCUUGACCUGGACAAAUGGCAAUGGAGUGGAAGUCUCACAACUGCUGGUUGUGUGCCGGAGGGUAGGACUUGGCAUUCCCUUACUGCUGUCAGCGAUAAGCACUUGUUCCUCUAUGGUGGCCUUAAUAACAACAGUGAUGCUUUAGGUGAUGCCUAUAUUUUAGACACAGAAUCUCUUGUGUGGUCACAGAUUCCAACUGAUGCAAGUCUUCCCAGCUCCAAGACUGUUCGCAUGUGGCACACCGCGUGUAACACUUCUACCCCAGGGGAGGUUGUCAUCUUUGGGGGUUCUUCAAAGUCCAUACUGAAGUAUGAAAAUCCGUGCCAUUCAAAGGAGGUUAUCAUUUUUCGGUUCUCGGCUCUCCCACUUUCAAGACUGGCGGGAGACGCAGUACUAAAGUAUUGCAGACAGAUGAAGUCUAUACUUAAAAACCUUCAAUCACUUCCCAAACACGUCCUCAGGAGUAUUCUUUCUCCUGCUAAGCUAGCGGAGCUUGGCCUUACCUGAGGGGAGAGAGACGGGAUUAUACAAUAUACUGCUGCCUGCCAAGCUAUUGGUGCUUGGCCUAGCCUGAGGGGGAGAGAGACGAGAUUAUACACGAUUCUGCUGCCUGUCAAGCUAGCGGUGCUUGGCCUAGCCUGAGUGGGGGGAGAGACGGGAUUAUACACGAUUCUGCUGCCUGCCAAGCUAGCGGAGCUUGGCCUAGCCUGAGGGGGAGAGAGACAAGAUUAUACAAGAUUCUGCUGCCUGUCAAGGUAGCGGAGCUUUGCCUAGCAUGAGGGGGAGAGAGACGGGAUUAUACAAGAUUCUAUGCUGCCUGUCAAGCUAGCGGUGCUUGGCCUAGCCUGAGGGGGAGAGAGACGGGAUUAUACAAGAUUCUGCUGCCUGCUAAGCUAGCGGAGCUUGGCCUAGCCUGAGGGGGAGAGAGACGGGAUUAUACAAGAUUCUGCUGCCUGCUAAGCUAGCGGAGCUUGGCCUAGCCUGAGGGGGGGGGAGAGACGGGAUUAUACAAGAUUCUGCUGCCUGCUAAGCUAGCGGAGCUUGGCCUAGCCUGAGGGGGGGAGAGACGGGAUUAUACAAGAUUCUGCUGCCUGCUAAGCUAGCGGAGCUUGGCCUAGCCUGAGGGGGGAGAGACGGGAUUAUACAAGAUUCUGCUGCCUGUCAAGCUAGCGGUGCUUGGCCUAGCCUGAGGGAGAGAGACGGGAUUAUACAAGAUUCUGCUUCCUGUCAAGCUAGCUGAGCUUGACCUAGCCUGAGGGGGAGAGAAACGGGAUUAUACAAGAUUCUGCUUCCUGUCAAGCUAGCGGUGCUUGGUCUGGCCUGAGGGGGAGAGAGACGGCAUUAUACAAGAUUCUAUGCUGCCUGCCAAGCUAGCGGUGCUUGGCCUAGCCUGAGGGGGGGGGGGGGGGGAGAGACGGGAUUAUACAAGAUUCUGCUGCCUGCUAAGCUAGCGGUGCUUGGUCUAGCCUGAGGGGGAGAGAGACAGGAUUAUACAAGAUUCUGCUGCUUGUCAAGUUAGCGGAGCUUGGCCUAGCCUGAGGGGGGGAGAGACGGGAUUAUACAAGAUUCUGCUGCCUGCUAAGCUAGCGGAGCUUUGCCUAGCCUGAGGGGGAGAGAGACGGGAUUAUACAAGAUUCUGCUGCCUGUCAAGCUAGCGGUGCUUGGCCUAGCCUGAGGGGGGGAGAGUCGGGAUUAUACAAGAUUCUGCUGCCUGUCAAGCUAGCGGUGCUUGGUCUAGCCUGAGGGGGAGAGAGACAGGAUUAUACAAGAUUCUAUGCUGCCUGCCAAGCUAGCGGUGCUUGGCCUAGCCUGAGGGGGGGAGAGACGGGAUUAUACAAGAUUCUAUGCUGCCUGCCAAGCUAGCGUUGCUUGGCCUAGCCUGAGGGGGAGAGAGACAGGAUUAUACAAGAUUCUAUGCUGCCUGCCAAGCUAGCGGUGCUUGUCCUAGCCUGAGGGGGGCGGAGAGACGGGAUUAUACAAGAUUCUAUGCUGCCUGCCAAGCUAGCGGUGCUUGGCCUAGCCUGAGGGGGGGAGAGACGGGAUUAUACAAGAUUCUGCUGCCUGCCAAGCUAGCGGUGCUUGGCCUAGCCUGAGGGGGGGGGGGGGGGAGAGACGGGAUUAUACAAGAUUCUAUGCUGCCUGCCAAGCUAGCGGUGCUUGGCCUAGCCUGAGGGGGGGGAGAGACGGGAUUAUACAAGAUUCUAUGCUGCCUGCCAAGCUAGCGGUGCUUGGCCUAGCCUGAGGGGGGGAGAGACGGGAUUAUACAAGAUUCUGCUGCCUGUCAAACUAGCGGUGCUUGGCCUAGCCUGAGAGAUCCGGAUUCAAGAGAGAGAUUUCAAGAUUCUGCUGGCUACCAAACUCUCUUUGCUUUGCAUUGUGUAAAGAAGAAGCAAGCGUUGGUACCAUAGUAUUUUUAAUAGCAUCCCGAAUCCCGCGACUUUUACAAUAAACAAUCCCCAGCCGUUGUAACAUAGCCGAUUAGUACCUUUAGCUUCAAAGGCCAACGCGCAAACAAUAAUUAAAUAUAAAACAAAGUAAUAUUUUAAA